GGAAGGAGAGUAAGUAAAUACGUAUCUGUGACAGCGUGAUUGUAGUCACGUACGUGAGAUUACAUAUCGUCUGUUGCAAAUGGAAUGAAUAUUCCAGCUGUUUGAUAAAUCAUUGCGUUUCAACUUGAUUCGAAUAUGUGAUUGACCGAAAACUAUAACACUUGCAUAAGUAGAAGACAAUUUAUGCACGUUUCUGGCAGCACGUAGUCUUGUCGAUGUUGUAAAAAGAGGGAACACCAGUUAGUAUCGCGGUGACGCGCGAUAAUAAUUUGUCUAUAAGAGAACGUGAUCGAAAGGUAUACCAGUGAAUUUAAUCAUGACGAGCGAACCCAGUGAAAAUAUGGUCAGAAUAUUGAUACUGCUUACGGUGUUUUUACCUUCUAUUGUACAUUCUAAUUAUUUCGGAACGAACAGUGAGAAGAACGACCAAUGCUUUUGUAAGUUGAAGGGAUCAAUCGACGACUGCAGCUGCAGUGUGGAUACAGUGGAUUAUUUCAAUAAUAUGAAAAUUUAUCCAAGAGUUCAGAGUCUUUUAGUCAGGGAUUAUUUUCGUUUUUAUAAAGUAAACUUAAAACAAGAAUGCCCCUUCUGGACCGAUGAUAGCAAAUGUGCUAUAAGAUAUUGCCAUGUGCAACCUUGUCAAGAAGAAGACAUUCCAGAUGGUUUAAAAGGAGACAUGUUAAGGAACAUUCAUUUUAAUGAAAGUCCCAUAGAUAAAUAUAAAGCAUCAAUGCAAUACAAUGAUUGCUUACAUAGUGCUAAAGAUCAUAAUAGAGAACUUGGUUAUCUCAACACAACAAUUAGUUCAGAAAACUACAAAGAUUUUGAGUUAUGGCAACAAUAUGACGAUGCUCAGGAUAAUUUUUGCGUGAAAGAGUCUAGCCCUGGUGAAUAUGUGGAUCUUUUGCUAAAUCCUGAAAGAUACACAGGUUAUAAAGGACCUAGUGCACAUAGGAUAUGGCGCAGUAUUUAUAAGGAAAAUUGUUUUAGACCUGAAAAUUCGCCACAUAAUUUUAUUCAAUCUUCAAAAAUAAAUGGCAUGUGCUUGGAGAAAAGAGUGUUUUAUCGUGUUAUAUCAGGUCUUCAUGCUAGUAUUAAUAUUCAUUUAUGUUCAAAAUAUUUGUUAUCAUCAAAAGAUAAUUUAGAGUUAGUACCCGGUGGUCGAUGGGGUCCUAAUUUACAAGAGUUUCAAAUAAGAUUUUCACCAGAGGCAACAGGAGGUGAAGGCCCAAAUUGGUUAAAAAAUUUAUAUUUUACUUAUCUGCUUGAAUUAAGAGCUUUGGCAAAAGCUGCACCAUAUUUAGAAAGAGAAGAAUAUUAUACUGGUAAUAAAGUACAAGAUAAAGAUACUCGUUUGGCGAUAAAUGAUAUUUUAAAUAUUGUUAAGUCGUUUCCUGAUCAUUUUAAUGAAAGCGUUAUGUUUACUGGUGGAGCUGAAGCUCAGUUAUUGAAAGAACAAUUUAGACAGCAUUUUAGAAAUAUAUCUCGUAUUAUGGAUUGCGUAGGAUGCGAUAAAUGUAAACUUUGGGGGAAACUUCAAACGCAUGGUUUGGGUACAGCACUGAAAAUUCUAUUCUCAGGAAAAUUCGAUAAAUGGGAAUCAACAUUACAUAACUUUAAUAGGAAGAAAUUCUUUUUAGAAAGAAGUGAAAUUGUUGCACUUAUAAAUGCUUUUGGAAGAUUAUCAGAAAGUAUCUUUGAAUUGGAGAAAUUUAGACAAAUGAUGAGAUAGCAGGAUAUCUAAUCAUAUGAUUAAGUUACUUUAGUAAAGUACAUCACACAAAUUGAUUUAUAUAAUCUUUGAUUAUAAUAAGUUUAUAUCAGGUAUAAAUUAUUUAGAAGUUUUAUAUUUAUAUUUAAAAUAUGGCAUAAAAUCGCAAUAAAAAUUAUUGCGUAAUCUCCUUUAUACUUCUUACUUCUAACAAUAAUUAAUUUGAUAUUGUCAAGAGAUUAUUUAGCGAUAUGUAAUAUUGAUUAAAUCAAACAAAGAUGUCAAAUCUCAUCUAAUUAUUUUAUUGCGAUUUUAAUGAUAACUCUAUCUGUGAUAAAUAUUUUGUCUAUAGAAAAGAUUCUUGUACCAGUUUUAAAGCAGUAUAUAAUAGCAUAUUCAGUUUUUAAAAAAACUUUCAUUUUUUGAACUCGUGAAACAUUUAAAUUUUCUUAUUAUUAUUAUAUAUGCAUUAUUAUAUAUCAAAUUUAAGAUAUUAUAGUUCGCCUUUUAAAAUGUAUUUUUAUUUUAAUCAAAAUUGUUAUCAACCUAACUACCAAUAUAUUCUAUCCAUAAAAAUAAUAUUGAUUAGUAAGUUUAUACAAGUAAAUAGACUGUAACUUGUAAGGUUCAAUAAGAUAUUAUGAAAAUCGUCCAACAUAAAUCAAUUUUGUAUAGUUGUGUACAUUUUUUGAAAAAUUUUAUAUUCUAUGUUUUUAUAUUAUUACCAUAAUGGAGGCGACAAAAGAUUUGACAUUAUUUUCCGAUAAAUUUAUAUACAAAGAAGAAACACCAGUGUUGUAUAUUUCUAUAUGCUAAUUCAUAUUAAUUUAUAAAAUGUUUGAUGUUGUUAUAUAUAGGCAUAAAUCUAAUUUAUUGUCGCUAAAUUGUAUAUACGAUUCCUGUUUCAUUUUUCAAAUUAAAUUUUCAAAGAUGAGUAAAAUUAAAAAAAAAAAAAUUGAAAUUUUGAUAAAUGAAUUGGUUUGGUAUAAAAUUGAAAUCAUAUUGAGUGCGAGAAACUUUUCAUGACAUCUUUUUACCAUGAUAUUACUCAUUCGAAUAGAUUGUAUAUUAUAAAAACAAUUUUAAAAUUCUGUACGCGAGUGUAUACAGAAAAAAAAUGUAUAUUUUAUAUGUGAGCACAAGUAGAUGCGUGAUGCGUAUAAUUUUCACGGAUUUAUUUAUAAUUUGGAAUAGUAGAAUUAUCAUGUAACCUGCUUAUUUGUGAAAAAUAGACACGCUUCGUUUUAAUAGAACAUUUGAUACGUACGAUUAUAAAAGUUGACAAGUUUUGAAUAUAAUGUGAAUUACAAUACAUCAACGUUUU